AUGAGCAAGCCUGGAAUUGGACUGAACUCACUUCACAUAGUUUUUAUUCAGAAAUCCUUUGGUGAUAUUGACUAAGAGGAAAGCACAAAAGGAUACUCUGAGAGAACUUUGCUAGAGAAUAAAGUGCGAUUUGCUGAUGACAUUUUGAUUUGCUUUUUUAAUCAAUAGGAGAAGGUAACUUAAAUCAAUGAGGGGAAGAAAAAAACCGUAAAAGAAUUUUUAAAAUGA